AUGGAUUAUUACAGACCUCAACGUCACGGGAUGUCCCGAAAAAAGAAAAUACUUAUCUUUAGUUCAAUAACUGCAGUUAUUUUAGCAGUAUCAGUAACUAUCGCAUUGAUUUUAGUAUUUGGAGGCAAAAAACAUGAUUGUAAAAUCGAUAGUUCGAGUGAACAUAGUAGUAGUUCUGACUCACCAAACUACUCACCAGGACAUUCCGAAAAUAGUUCUGGUCAAUCAGAUUAUGAACAACCGCAAGAUAGCAGUAGUGAAUCGGAUAGUUAUACCGGUGAAAUAAGGCGUGAGAGAAGCCCAUCACCAUUUAUUCAUUAUUAUGGAGACAAAUGGGAUUUAGAACGAAACUCACGGAAGUCUCGUUCGACCACAAAGAAGACAAAAGUGCCCAGAACAGAAGGGACACCAUCAAAAACAAAACGAAAAGAUAAACCGCCUGCUAGACAACCUGCUCAACAGCCCAGUGCUCCUCAAAAGCAGCCUCCCAGUAAACCACCAAGUCCAGUACAACAACCCCAAAGUCAACCAAGUGGUGGACAAAAGAAGGCACCUAGUAAACCGGCAGGUCCAGUACAACAACAACCUAUUCAAACACCAAAAAGUCAACCGGGUAGUAGUCAACCACAAUGUGAAAAUCGGGGUCCUCAAUUUAUUGUAAGACCCAUAGUAGAUCAUACAAAAUUAAGUCUUUCAGAAAAAAUAGCAAGAGUAUUUUCAAGAAAUGUAAAACCACCAGUGUCACAAAGAAGAUUCCCUCCUAGAAAAAACAAAUAUAACAGAAUAACAGAGAGUCACGAUACGGAUAUGAACUUUGACGAGAUUUUCAACCCAGUUGAAGAGUAUAAAAAUGACGAUGAACAAAGUAGUUAUGUACCAUUUGAAUCAAUAUACGAGUUGGCAGGAGACAAAUGCAGAAUAAAUAAAGCUUUUCCUCCUAAAGGAAAACCUCAAGGUCAUAAAUUUGAAUGUGUCGACCUGGUUAUGCCACGCCCAUCGGCUGAUUUUAAAAUUAUUAAAUUAGUUAAUACUCUUGUGAUUAGUCCAAGUUCAAAUAGAAAGAAGAUUUGCAAGAUAACAUUUAAUAACAAGGUUCUAGUUGAAAAACUCGAUGACGAUAUGGAGUUUACUGCUGUUUUCGUUGAGAAAAUGAGAGGAAUAACCCUUAUUUCUGUAAUUUCUACGCAUGCAAAUAUGGAAAGAUCUGCGAUACAGUUUGUUUUGACGUCAAAUGGCAGAUUACAGAUACUUACAGAUUACCUUAGACUAAUGGUGGAUUUAUUAGCAUUAUCAACUUCAUAA